CAAAUCCUCCGGCUGACAAGGAGAUCUUCCGCCGACGCUCUGAGACUUUAUAUCUAUCUGCUAUUACCCUAUUAGACGAGCUCGCUUCUCUAUUGCGCCUCGCACGGCUCGGACUACUUUGCAAUAAUAUAUUCUGCACCUGCAUCUUGCCGUUUCCCGGUAAAUUUUCCAUAGUGAACUGGAACAUCUCGAAUAGGCAAUCACUCUAUCCAGCAAACGGAACCCUCCACUUCUUUAUCCUUCACUUUAUUCGUCUGCUAUUCUCGUCUUCCUCCUCUGACGAGUGACCACAUCUGAACAAACUCCAUCCGAGAGAGGAACAAGCCAAGAUGCAGUACUUUUCUCUCCUCCGCUCCCUCCUCCUAUCCCUCCUCCUCCUGGUCUCCGCCACUUCCGCCAUCGAAAUCAAAGUCGUGUCUGUGACGACCGAGGAAGGAGCCAAGCCCAUCGACCCAGCCAGCAUCAAGCUGGUGCCGCGGCCCCUGAGCCCGUCGUCGAUCGAGCGCGUGCGCAACGUAACGGUUGGGGAGGGGGACCCGAUGACCGGCGGCAAACGGAGCGGCACGGGCAACGCCAUCUCUUACAGCGGCAACUGGUGCGGCGCCAUGCAGAACGCCCCGACCAACAACCUCGUCUCGUCCGUGUCCGGGUGGCUCACGGCGCCGGUUCUCGACAUCAGGCACACCGAGAACCGGACGCCGCAGUUUGCCGCGUCGUGGAUGGGCAUCGACGGCGGGGAGAACUGUCGCACUGCGCUGCUGCAGGGUGGCACGACGACUGAGAUCGACGCGAACGGUUCCCAAACGUCCAAGGCUUGGUUUGAGUGGAUCCCUGAUGCGGCUUAUGACAUUCCUAGCAUGCCUGUGGCCCCUGGUGACAACAUCUACAUCGUGGUGGAAGCACUGAGCAGCACGCAGGGCCGGAUCACAAUGACCAACGCAGACCAGCCCUUUUCAAUCGUUAUAGAGCUCACAAACGGCCAGCCUCUUUGCCGCCGACACGCAGAGUGGAUCGUCGAGAACUUCCGCGUCAACUCCAACCGGGUGCCUUUCGCCAAGUUUGACGACAUUUGGUUCCAGGAGUGUGAGGUCAAGCUGCAGAACGGACAGACCUGGGGAGUUGACGGCUCCAGGAUGUACUACAUGGAGACUGUCUACGAUGUCCCCGUCUGUCGUGCUCUCGAGUACGACAAUGGUAUAUUUUUGGCAGAGUCGGACGGAAACUGAGUCAGGUCGUCUUUGGGUGAAGUCUGGGAGUAGAAGUUCUUUUUAUAAUAUCUCUAAAUUAUUUCUUGUAUAUUCUUAACGGCGGUCUUUAUCAAUCAGUCAUUUUCAGUAGUCAGCAGUCACAUUUACUAUAUGCAGUCUGUGCCUGCAUUGAGUACUUGUUAGACGUGGAAAGGGGUAGACUUGUGCAAAAAGUAUGUACACAACAAAGUAGGCAGGUAGGCAGUUAAGCGAGCAGGUAAAUACCACGGUGGGUCGAG